AUGUCUUUCUCAACAUGGCACAGAUCUCCAGCACCCAAGCUGUUCCCUGAUCUAGAAAUUCAUCUUAGUGAAAUGACCUUUGGGGAACCAGCCAGGAGAAAAGUGUCUGAAGAUGAGAAAAAGAAGAAUUGUGAACUUCAGAAAUAUGUGUGUGCCCUUUUGAACUCUGGGGGUGGGAUUAUAUUAGUGGAUAUUAAAAAUAUUGACUAUGAGUCUGACAUGGGAAUUGGAUUGGACAUUGAACAAGGCUUUAGAAAAUUCCUGGACCCUUCGCCAGUUCACGAAUUCAUUAAAUGGAAGUCACGUAACAGCAAAAUGCUGUUUUUUGUGAAGUCAUGGCACAGCUCCAAUGCACACCUCUGUAGUAUCGACACUGGUAUCAAGCAGAGAUCAGGAACCUCUGUUUUAUCUGUACCUAAUUAUGGAAUUAUGGAUUUCAUCAAGAAAAAGCAGAAGGAAGAAGACAAAGAUGACGAUGAGGAACCUCUGAACAAGUGGCAAAAGCUCAUGCCAAGCUGCCAUGAUGAUGAGAUGUAUCAAGAAGCUUGUCAGUUCUAUGAGGUGGGAAAUGCUCAACUCGGACAGCAGCUGCACUUUGGUGAAAGUGUCAACAUCGAGCUCAAAAGUUUUCAAAGUGAAAAAAAUCUACAGAAAAGGCUCAAGGAGGUGCUGCCAGUUUAUAUGUCGGCUUUUGCAAACACUGGAGGAGGGAUCAUAUUCAUCGGCGUUGAUGACAAAACUAAAACAGUCACAGGCUGUGGUGCUGGCAUGAACUGUGCUGAAUUGGAGAACAUGGUCAGAGACAUAUGUGAAAAAUCCAAGACCCUGGCUCUUCAUUUCAAGGGCUGUACUCAAAAAUUAACCUUUGCUCCUGAAUUCAAAAUUAUCAGCGUUAGCGCUCAUGAUAAGCCUCUCUAUGUUGUUGCAGUAAAGAUCUCAGGAUGUUGCUGUGUUGUGUUUGAAGAUGAUCCAAACUGCUGGCAAGUGAAAAAUGGAAAAAUCUUCAGUCUGACAGCCAGUGAGUGGUUGAAGGAGAUGCAGCCAUCGGAUACAGUCGAGAAGACAAUAACAAACAUCGGUCCACAGUCUCUCAUGCCAAGGCCAGAGAGUGACAUAAGACGUUACCAAAUCAAAAAUCCUGAAUCUGAAGGAGUAGCCAUGGCGUCCAAAAGCUGGGCAGCUAAAAUCAGUCAAACCAGAAAGAGUGAAGUCAUCUCUGAAGCCCUUGUGAUGAGGACUGGGAGUUACCCCACACUCUACUGCUAUGUUGAGAGAGGAAGUCCAGAGCUGUGGGAGUAUGCCAGACAAACUGCAUUUCAGCUCAAACAGAAACUGGUGAACCUUGGAGGAUACACAGAGUGGGUGUGUGUGGUCCCUCAGCUGGUCCACUAUGAGACUGGGGAGAACAUAGAGACAGAAAAAAGCAAUGCCCCUAAGUAUCCACACAGCUAUCUAGUGGAGAACAUCAGAGCAGUGGAAAAGUUCAUGCAAUCCCUGACUAUUGUGCUGCUCAGUAUCAGUUCACCUUAUAGUGACAAACUUGGCUGUGAGUACUUUAAUCUCCUGACUGAAGAACAGUUUAAACUGCUCAACCAAUACAACAACUGUAAACACCUGUUCGUUCAUGGAGCACCUGGCACUGGAAAGACAUUGGUUGCCAUGGAGAAAAUAAGGAGAAUAGAAUUUAUGAGGAGGCAGAAAAUUUGCCGCUGUGAAACUCGAGUUUGCUUUAUGGAGUCCUAUGACAAUUUCAGUGCUGUGCAGCACAUAAUUGUGGAUGAAGGACAGAACUUCCGUGAUGAAAGUGGAGACUGGUUCAAAAAGGCAAAGGAACUCACUGAGCAAAAGGAAGGCACAUUCUGGAUCUUUCUUGACUAUUUCCAGCAAACUCACGUCAAAAACAAUGGCCUUCCCCCUCUUUCUUCCCAAUUCAAAUUUGAUCUACAUCGUGUGGUCCGAAAUGGUACAGAAAUAUUCGAUGCCAUGAAAACUCAACUCUGUAAGGUCACAAAUGGUCCAGGUGAGGUACUGACCCACCUCAGUGACAUGGCGAAGAGAGUAGCUGUGGUCCAUAAAAUCACGGGAGAGUACAAACGCAUUCAAGUAAAAAAAGAAAAUCUGAUUUCAGAGGUGGUCAAAAAAGUGAGAGGCCUCACUGAAAACUCUGAAUAUUCCCCUGGGGACAUCGCUGUGCUCUUCUCAACGAAAGAGUGUUUUGAAGAAUCUGGACUUGAUAGGAUGCUUUGGAACAUCAGGGUCCCAUACAGCUCUGUUGAAGACAUGAAUGAAAAUAGCAUAGUAGUGGACAGCAUUCGCAGGUUCUCCGGUCUUGAAAGAGACAUUGUUCUUCUCGUGGAUAUAACUGCAUGGCCACCCCAGAUUAUGCCCAAUCUCUGGCUCUGUGGAUAUUCCAGAGCUAGAAUUAAGCUGUUUGAGUUCAGAUCCGAGAAUUAG